UCAUACCCACAGGUGCAGAUUCAGACCAAGAAGAUUGACCUGAGUCACGUGACCUCCAAGUGUGGAUCGCUGGACAACAUCCGCCACCGGCCAGGUAACCUACCCAAACUUCCUGUAGACUGUGUGUACGGAGGUGGCUUGGCAAUCUGAUUCCGGCGUCUGAUUUGAUGCCAGCUGCAGAUAUGUCUCUUUACACUACAAAAAUAUGUGUAGUCGAGGGCAAGACGUCUCUUCGACAACGGUUUCAAACUAGCUGUGUGUAAAAAGGCUCAAAGUUGAUCUCAAUCAUAAUCUACCUGGGUCACCCCACACUGACAAUUGAGAGAUAUGGGAGCUUACAGUGUAUCCACAACACACUAGGACCAUGGUGGGCUUGUAUAGGAAUUAGACCUUUACCUUACUGUAGAUAAAGGAAACGAGUGAGAGAGCAUCAUAGGAUAUGUCCCAAAUGCCACCCUAUUCCCUGAAUAAUGCACUACUUUUGACCAGAGACCUAUGGGUAUGGGCUCUAGUCAAAAUGUGUGCACUAUAGGGAAUAAGGAGCCAUUUGGGAUGCUUCCAUACAGUGAGAGGAUCUCAUGUGUGCUGUGUGAUGCGGAAAAAUCCCCCCUGCUUUGAGAUAGUGGUGAUGACUACUGCGUCAGAGUCCUACACCGCCAUCUCGUGGUCAUACUGAUUAUCAGCUUCUGUCCAAUAAUACAUUCACACUGCGACACUCACCCUGCAUCCUAGAGGUAAUGAUACAUUUCCAAAGCAACUAUUACAUUACAUUUUAAACGACAGAUAUAUCUGCAGGAUAUGGACCCCAGGAAGACUAGCUGUAGUCAUGGCAACAGCUAAUGGGGCUCCUGAUAAGGAAUAAGGGUCUGCCUAGUCAGUCUUAUAAUCGGUUUGACUAAUUAUUGAUAAUAAAUUAUAAUGAUGUAUUGGAACAAAUGAAUGGGAGGAUAUCCAAGAGGAUAUUGCACUUCACUUACCGGUUAAUACAUUCCUGUCUUGAAGUCUCUUCUUCUUCUUCUUCUUCUUCUUUCUUCUUCUUCUUCUUCUUCUUCUUCUUUUCUUCUUCUCUUUUCUCUCUUCUCAUUCUUCUCUUUUUCUUUUUUCUUUUUUUCUUUUUCCUUUUUUCCCCUUCCUUUCCCUCCCCCCCCCCUUUUUCCCUCCCUAAAUUCGUGCCUUUUUUCUACUUUUCCCCCCCCAAGGGGGCCCUAAAUUCACCCCAAACCCCGGUGGGGCCCUUUUUUCCCUCAUCUUUCUACCCAAAUUUCGCGCCCAAAGACGGGAUUUUUCCCUUUAAACCCCAAACCCUGGUUUAGGCUUUUUAAAAAAAAUAAGGUGCUUUUGGGAUGCACACCUGAUCAUCGGACAUCAGUCUCAAAAAAUCCCCCCAAGGUUGCACCCUGAACCAUCCCCUUUAGUUUGGGGUUUUACGUUAAUCACCCCCGUGUGUGAUUGGGCGUGUGUGGGUUUUUGUACCCCCACCUUGUAGGUAUUUUACCCCUCGCCUAUCUCACCCACCCUAACUCCCUGUAGAUCGAAAGCCACAAGCUGUUGUUCCGUGAUACGGCCAAGGCCCGGGUGGACCACGGGGCGGAGAUCAUCGUGACCCAGUCUCCGGAAACGGGCAUGUCAGGGACGGUGUCUCCCCACCGCGACAGCCACCUGUCCUCCUCUGGCAGCAUCAACUUGCUGGAGUCUCCACAGCUAGCCACUCUAGCUGAAGACGUCACCGCCGCCCUGGCCAAGCAGGGCUUGUGA